AAUAAUUCGUAUUAUUGAAACAAAUUUUGGAAUUAGUGUUAUGAAAUUUAAAUCUAAUAGAACUGGUUUAUCAGCUGUUCUUGUCGAUGUUGAAGCUCCUUUGGUUAGUGGAUUUUUUGCAAUCCCGACUGAAGCUACGGAUGAUGACGGAUGUCCUCACACUUUGGAGCAUUUAGUCUUCCUUGGUAGCGAAUUGUAUCCUUACAAGGGUGUAUUAGACACUUUAGCAAAUCGCGCAUUUGCUCAAGGAACCAAUGCUUGGACAGAGACGGAUCAUACAUGUUACACUAUUACGACAGCCGGUAGUGAAGGAUUCUUGAGAUUAUUACCUAUUUAUGUGGAUCAUAUUCUAUAUCCUACUUUGACAGAAAGUGGUCAUUAUACCGAGGUUCAUCACAUAAAUGGGAAAGGUGAAGACGCUGGGGUAAAUCUAUUUAUUUUUAAAUUAUUCAAUUCCGAACAUUAG